GCUCCGAGCCGCGGGCGCCCGGGGACGGGGGGCGCGCUCCGGGGAGGGGGCGCGGCGGCGGCUGGUUCCGGUGGCGGUCCCGGUCCCGCGGGCGGCUGUCCCGGGCGCGCAGGCGGGCUGGCCGCGGGUGCUGGCGCGGCUCCGCAUCGCGUCUUUGUCUGGCGGCGACGGCGGGCCCGGGCUCAGCUCCGCUCCGGCGGGCGGCUGGCGCGGUUGGAGCGUGGCGGGGGCGGCGUUCUGUUCUUUAAUAGGAGAAAAAAAAAUCACAAAACCCACACCAGAACCAAUUUUUGCAGCCAAAAGUGUUGCAGGCGCUGCCGUAGCCGCGGACGCCUGAUAGCGUGGCAAACCCCUGCUCAGAGCAGCGGGAAGCUCAGUUUUACUUCUAGAAAAGCAGCCCAAACUCUCCGGAGGGCUCCGGCCGCCGCAGCGGCGAGAGAGGGGCCGGAGGGGAAGGGGGAUUUUUUUUUUUUUUUUUUUUUUUUUUUUUUUUUUUUUUUUUUUUUUUUUGACUCUUAUGAAGACAUGCGCAUUUGUUCAUUCUUGCCACCGCACUGGAGUCUGCCUAGAAACAAAGAACACAGCCUGGCGAAGUUGAUGCUGGCUCUCAAAGUGUCUGGCUUUUUUUUUUUUUUUUUUUUUUUUAAUUCUCUUUUCUUCUUAUUUUCCUUCAUUUGCUUGUGCCAUCGGUAAAAGCCUCGAGAUGUUCCCUUCAGUUAUUCCCAUGUGCCUAGUGAUGGAAACACAGCCCCCCGCCGCCUCUCCUCUUCGGCCCCCUCGCCCCUAUCAGGCCAGGUUACGCAUUUUGGAAAGUGCAGCCAUGACACACAGAGCAAGUUCUCUCUUCCAUUUUGCCCCGGCCCCGCGGUGUGACAGCUCGUAGGAGGUGUGCCUUCCCACCGGGAGCCACCCCCUUGCUGAAUCAUCGCCGAGCCAUGGCUGGACGGCUCGUCCGCUCGGGCGGCGGAACAUUCCCCGGCCGAGCAUGAGGCGGUGGCGGGGCCGGCGCUGAGGCAGAGACCUGUUAGCAUUCGGCUCAGGCGCGGGCGAGCGGCUGCGGGGAGAAAACCUUCCCGUUUCAUGGCAGCGGGAGCCGCGGAUGCAGUUUUGAGCUCAAAGGCAAGACGUGUGCUGCUGUAAGGAACAUUGCCUGCCUCUGAGGUUGCUGAAAAGUGCCUUUCCUGAAGCCACCGCUGCUUGGAUUUCUGUCUAGGGCUGCCUCUCUCUGCCCCUCGCCCCCUUCUCUGUUUAAUUCGGCGUUGCUUGCGGUCCGUGCCCUGACGGCGGCUCCUCCAGCCUUGUCGUCUUUUUUCUUUUUUUUUUUUUUUUUUUUUUUUUCCCUCCCCAUUUACACGCAGUUUGCUCAGCCAUUUUAUUUUUUUCUUUCCCCCUACUAUGUAGCAAAUAUUUAAAAGAAAAGAAAGAGGAAAAAAUCAGACAUCUUUUGCCUGUUUUGAUUCUCGUGAACCAUAAUUUUUAGAAGCAAGAAAUAGAAGGAAAGAAAAAAAACAAACCCGAAGUUUUCUCCCCAAGAACCGAGACCAUUCCACAAACUGAAGUGCUGCCAGCAGCAUAUGCUUUUUGCAAGAAUAAUUGAAACCAUUAACUGGAGAGCACAGAAUUCUUUUGAAAGUCUGCCAGUUAUUUGCAAGUAACUUUGGCAGUGGCACAAAAUAUAACACUUGUAUUUUAACUUCUACAAUUGCACUUUUAGGAGCUGGCCUCUAAUUUGAUUUUCAGUUGUUCUGAUAAGAUUUCUAUUUUAUGAUUGGCUUUAUGUUUAAUUCUUGUUUAAAGAAACACGAUUUGACUUAAAUGAAAACCUAAGUGCUGAUGAAUAGGAGUUCUACCAAAGCAACAAGUUAGUUAUUUCUUCACGUUUAACUUGAAUUCACUUUUUUACCCUUUUUUUAAAAAAAAAAAGAAGAAAAAAGAAGAUCAGCAGUAAAUAUUACCCUGAGGAAGGGUGCGAUUGCUCGCAUUUUAAUUUUUGUUUUUUAAUAUGGCUGUAAACGUUUCCCUGGUUCGUGAUACAAAAUGGCUGACGUUAGAAGUGUGUCGAGAGUUUCAGAGAGGGACUUGUUCUCGGUCUGAUGCAGAGUGCAAGUUCGCCCAUCCGUCACGGAGUUGCCAUGUGGAAAAUGGUCGAGUUAUUGCCUGCUUUGACUCCCUAAAGGGCCGGUGUACCCGAGAGAACUGCAAAUAUCUCCACCCUCCCCCACAUUUAAAAACACAACUUGAAAUAAAUGGACGCAACAACCUGAUCCAGCAGAAGACGGCCGCAGCCAUGUUUGCUCAGCAGAUGCAGUUCAUGCUACCGGGCGCACAGCUACAGCCAAUUACGACGUUUCCUGUGACUCCAUCGCUUGCAACAAGCCCCACAAUGGCUUUUAGUCCCUACCUGAGUCAUGUUUCUCCUGGGAUGGGCUUAGUUCCUGCAGAGCUUUUACCAAAUACUCCUGUCCUGGUUUCUGGAAAUCCUACUGUUACAGUACCGGGAGGCUCUGCUGGGCAGAAACUGAUGCGUACGGAUAAACUGGAGGUUUGUCGAGAGUUUCAGCGUGGAAAUUGCACACGUGGUGAGAAUGAUUGCCGCUAUGCUCACCCUAUAGAUAUUGCAAUGAUAGACACAAAUGAAAAUACUGUUACAGUUUGCAUGGAUUACAUCAAAGGUCGAUGCUCUAGGGAGAAAUGCAAGUACUUUCAUCCCCCUGCACACCUGCAAGCCAAAAUCAAGGCAGCUCAACAUCAGGUGAACCAGACAGCUGCAGCUGCAAUGGCCCUGCCGCCUGGUGCACUUCAACCUUUACCAAAGAGGCCAGCACUUGAAAAAAACAAUGGUGCCACCACAGUCUUUAACCCAAGCGUUUUCCACUACCAACAGGCUCUAGCCAACAUGCAGUUGCAACAGCCUACAUUCAUCCCUACAGGGUCAGUUCUGUGCAUGACACCCACUGCAAGCGUUGUGCCCAUGAUGCACGGUGCUACGCCCACCACUGUGUCUGCAGCAACAACUCCUGCCACCAGCGUCCCCUUCGCUGCAACAGCUACCGCCAAUCAGAUAUCCCAGUUAUCAGUAGAUGAACUGAGUAGCAGCAUGUUUGUUUCACAGAUGUAGAAUUUCCCAACAGAACACAGACCGUGUUGAAAUUCUGAACAGUAAAAUUAUGGAGCACCAGGACUUUGUGGUGGGAAGCUGCGCAUGGCCUUUCUGUAUAUAUUCCCCUCUUCCCUCUAUCAUUCUCUACCACCUCUACAGUAAGCCUGUUGCAGCCUACAUGUUAACCAAAAACUGAUCAAUGGGAAUGUCAAAAAAAGAAAAAGAAAAAAAAAAGCACUAUAGAAACAAUUAACAAACAGCGCUCUGUUAUAUGAGAUAUACAAGUAGGAAACUAUAAUAGACUUUUAUAACACAUUACUUUAACACACUUAAUCAUUUUAUGACUACCAUCAUGAUAAGUGCAUCUGCACAGCGGACUGUUGGUUUACUGUAUACUAUCGAUGGAUAAAUGUUUGUCUUGUUUUUAAAGUGUUAUCUUACUGUUUUGUUUACAUCAUAGUCUAUUGAUUUGUUUUAAAGUGUACAUCAUUAUCAAGUAUACUCAAUACCAUUUUUUCAUUAUUGUUAUGUCUUAAGUUUUUCAUAUACUGUAGGUUUUAUGGGGUUUUGUUUGUUUUUUACUAAAAAUGUUAUUGUGGGAAACAGGAAUUAUGUGCUUGAAAAACACGACACAGAAUGUUCUGCCCUUUGCUGGAUUUUGCUGUUAAUGUCAGCUAAAGUUGCUUAUGUUAAAUGCUCCUUUUAUCAUUUAAAACUUGCCUUCAGAUAGUCUCCAAAUUUUUAGUACAAGUGAUGUGAAAGGACAGCUAUCAUUUUAGUCCAGUUCAGAGUUCUUUCAAUACAAUAAGCUGAUUCUGGAAACUUUAAAACAAAAAACUAACAAAAAACCCCACACACAACAACAAAAAAAACAAAGCCACAAAAGCCCAGGCUCAGUAAGGGGAUAGGAACAAUUUGCUUAGAUAGGGGUAAGCAUCAAGGGAUUUCUGCAGCUCUGUUGUCCAUUGAAGUGCAUUCUCAGCUGCAAACGGCGCACAGUCUCUCUCGCUGUUAUCAUGGUGCAGUCAAAACAAGCAACAAAAAGAUGGUGGUGGAGUGAGACAGCUUUGGUUGGGCAAAAGCUCACUGCAUUGGAGAGGAGCAGGUGCCAGCCGUUGGCUGGGAAGGGUCCAGGGCUGUGGCUCAGCCCAGGCUGGGUAGCACUGAGCCCUAGGGCUUGUCUCCACCCAGCAUGCUGAAACAUUUUGGCCUGAAAUCUUACAUGUGUCUCUUGUUGAAAUUUUGUCAGCAUGCCCCAUUUAUUUAAUUACCAUUUUCUAUAAGUGGGUGAUUUGCACCCCCCCGCACCCCGUGAUCUCUGGCCCUGUAAAGCAAACACAGUAGUAACAAAGCAGCAAAAAGCUCAUCAUAAGCUUUCAGCUGUAGAUAAAUAUUUGUCUUAAUGGAGUUCCUGUUGGUCAGUGGAUUUAUUUUGGCACCUUCUACUUGAUCAAGAGCAAUGUUUGCUGCACAACAAGGGCUAGUUCUCAAUACCUCCUUUUCAUAUGCACAAAUAAAACUAUUUCAGCCCGUGCACCCUGGACAGCCCUGUCUGUCGUUAUGCUAUGUUGCUGAACAAUCUGGCUGCAGAAAUGCAUUUUGGUUGAGGAUAUCUCCAAAUUCAUCCUUGUCAUAGCUCUACAGUAUCAUUGGCAUUAUGGAAGAGAUGGAUUUGCUGCUGUAAAUCCCCAAACUCUGUACAAGGAGAAUCAAGCAGGAGGCCAGCUCAUAGUGUCUGGAGGGGUGACCACCCUGAGCUCAGAGUGGUCCUGUAGAGUGCCAAAUUCAGGCAACCAGAUUUUCUUCUCUUUUCCCGGUUCCUUGCCCUUGGUUAGAUUUUCCCUGCCCCCUGUCCUGCAGUAUGAGCACGGACAGUUUUCUGGAUGUGUAUCUCCAUGGGCCAUGAGUGAUGGAGGCACACCUGAGGCACAGCCUGUGUGCCCCAGGGCGGGCUCUGACCAUCUGCCCGUGGACACUCACUCACAGCAUGAACCUUUGAGGAUCCCAGCUCAAGAAGGCCUUGAGGAAUCUUUUUGUUCAAUUCAGCAGACUUUGAACCAAACCCUAAUAGAAAGAUGGAAAAACAUCCCCCCAAGACCUCCUUUAUGGACCCUGAGUUUUGACAGUCGCUUGUGUCCAUGGAUGUUCCCCAGCCAUCUGAGCUCACAAGCAGUUGGGGUGGCCUGAAAUCAGUGACUCUCAUUUGUAUUGGCGACCACAUACCUGUUCUUUUCACCACUGUGUUUCUGUUUCCCAAAACCAUAACAUUGUUAGUGGAAAAAGUGGAUUUGAGUACUUCCUGUUUGAAAUUAUUUGUGUAUCAAAAAUGGGUUUUGCACAACCUGUGCCAGUGCCUCAACAAAGAACAGAGCUGAUCUUCUUAAGCCAGAAAGGAUGCAUUCAAGCUUGUAUGGCUUUGAGUUCAAGGAGGUUGAAAUUUUUUCAGUGCUAAAUGGAUUUUUGUAUAUCUUGAAACUUUGAUGUAACCUCCUAUUUUAUUUAUCGACCUAAACAUCUGGCAUAGAUGUGCAUAGAAUGUAAACCUAGAAUACAGCUGUUUUCAUGUCACAUUUAAAGCACUGAAAAAAAAAAAGCAUUUAAGGAUUAUUUUUUAUUAAAGAGGUCCAAUGAGGGAUGUUCAGGGUAGUUAUAUUAGGUGCCACAACAGUUUUUAUAUUGCUGGCAAAUUUAGAGUUAAUUUGUAAAUGAGUUUAAGGAAAGAAAAGCUUGAAGCACUAAACUUCACCAAAUUCAAAACAAUCUCGGCAAAAAUGCCAUUUUGAGGUAGCACUAUUUAAACUAGUUGUGCAAUGACUUGCUCUAAUUUUCUUUGUUCAAGAAAGAAAAGAAAAAAAAAAACAGUCGCCAGACUAUAAAUUUCCUAAAUAGACUAUUACAAAGUCACUGAGCUAGUUAGUGACUCUAAACAAAUGUCAUAAAAGCAUGAAUAUCAUCCUUUAUUUGACAAGAGAUGUAUGUAAGUUUGUUUAAAUCGAUAUAAUUUUAGUGACAUUUUUAUAAGCUUCCCACUUUCCAUGAACCUAUAUUUUUUAUUUAUCCAAAGUUAUUUCUCUUUGUCCAUUUCUCUCAGCCUUAUGCAAACAAUAUGCAAGAAAUGCUGAAACUUGGAUAAAACGGGUCAUGCAGAGGGAAAAUGAAAGCUGAGAUUGAUCAUUUUCACAAAAAAAGGUUGUUAGUAGUUUCGAUAAAAAGUACUACUACUAAACUGUAACAUAAGCAGACAAUAAAAGAGGGAUUUAAAAUAAAAUGGAUUCAUAAAACUAUUAAGAUUAUUUUUGUUAAAUACAGUGUUUUUAGUAAUUUGGAACAUAAUUUCACAAUCAGCCGUGUUUUUUAGUUGGAAAUUUUUAGCUGAUGAUUUUUGACUGUGUAUUUUUGCAUCGCAACAUUCUAGAAGCCGUUACCUCCCCGGGCAGACCGCGUGGGCCCAUUCCCGAGCGCUCCAACGCGCUUCUCCUCCCGGCUGCCCCUCCUCGCUGCCCUGCUCUGUGCUCAGGUGCUCCCCAAGGGCAGCACGGCCAGGCUGGGGUCCCACUGCUCCUCCCACUGUCCCGCUGCAGCGGGAACCCUACGGAGCUGGCACCGGAGCUGGGCGCAUGUUGGUGGCACAGGUGGCCGGAGCGGGACGCGCGCGUGCCGGCACUGUCCCUUGGCCUGGCUCGGGCUGGCACUGGCACAUUAGGAGUAGCUCUAGGACACGGCGGGUACACACCGAUUGAGAAACUGGAGUCCUUGUUUUGUUUAUCCCUUGUACAUUUCACAGACAUGACAAUUGAAAAAGGUGAAAUUUAUGAGGAAAAUCUAAUUUCCCAUUCCUGUUGAAUGGAUUUAGUUUGAUAUUGACCUGAUUUUACCAUGUGCCUGUUGAAGGCCUUAGAGUAUAUACUGUAUGUUAAAGACUGUAAUAACUUAAAAAAAAAUAGUUGAUAGCCUAAUCCAAAUGUAAAUAGAGCUACAACUCAUUGUUACUAGGCUACAACGCAUUCAUUCAUGUCAUAUAUUUUCAUUUCUCUACCAUUAGUUUUUAAGGUUUUCAUUAUUGCUUUUUUUGAUAUCUUUAGUAACUAAUGAAUUUAAUUUUGAAGGAGAGUUAGAGAAAGUUUAAAAUUUUUAAUACAUGUAUUCAGCCCAUUUAGUUAUAUUCUAAACCAACACUGAAGCAUGGUAAGGUAUAGAAUACAGUCCAUAACUAGUUUGUAUAGUUUACAGUUUAAGAACAAAAUUAACUUUGUAUGUAACUCCUACAAUGAUAGAUUCAUUGUUAACUAAUUAUAUUAAGUUGUUGUUGCUAUGGCAACAAAACUACAACAUGGCUACCUUUGUAUACAUUAUUUGUGAAAUUUUCACAUGUAAAUUAAAAGUGAUGUGUAACAGUAUGAGCUUGUUAAAGGUACAGUUCGAUACUGUCAGAUAAAGAUAUGACUGAAUAUUUUUAAAAUCCCAAAGUCCCAUGUGAACGCUGAAUUUGUGUCUUUAAGGUCACUUUUUCAGUCAAGAAGUUUACAACACAUGGAUUUAGAGUCAGGUUUUAUAGCUUGUAGAAAUUGUUGUGUGGCAAGGGUUAUUCCACAGUAUUUUCACUUCGGAAAAACAGCAGCCUGUAUUGACAACAUAGUGACCGGUCUUGCUUUCAUUUCACAUCCAUUCACACAGUGGGAAUUCAGAAUUAAUCAGUUUCAGUACUGUAGCUUUGCCUGCAAUUUUCUUUUCUCCAGAAAUUGAACACUCACAUGAUUGCGCUACGAUCAGGGCUAAAUAAUUAAGCAUAUAAUUAUUUUAAUAUUAAUUUAUAUUAGCAAAAACUGUACACAAGAAAAAAAAUACUGUGGAAUGACCCCGUAACAGUGUUGAAGAUACAAAUAUGCUGCAGUUAAACUGAUUCAGUUAGUGUACGAAUGUGUGAGACACACCUUUUUUGCACUUAUGUACAUAGUCCACGAAAGAAGUCCUUGGAACUUAUUUUGAAUAUAAAAAGUCUGUAAUAAUACAGGAAAAGUUUGUAAAAGAGAUAGGUAUUACUAAGGCUUUGAAAAGGAGGAGUUUUUUGCUAUAAAACUUAUCUGAAAGCAUGAUGUUGCUUUGCUGUUGUAAAAGCUUUGUAGUUUGCCAUAGCUUAUUAUACAGCAGACUGAUAACAGGUCAGCUCCAACCUGCAGCACAGAGAAUGGGAAACGGUGUGGAAUUAAUUAGUAAGGUCACUAGCAAAGAUUCAAAUUACUUUUUUUAAUCAGCCUACAUUUUCAAACACACCCCAGGUCAUGUUCUGAUAGGUUGUGUUCUCAGUGAAUUCUGUUAGGACUGGUAGGUCCAUGGCAGCACAUGCACAUUUUUCCUAGCACCUAAUCCUACUUCUGUCUGGAAGUGUUUAUCUGUGGGAGGUGACUGUCGUUGUGGUGAGUGUUAAAUCCCCGAGUGAAUUUGAAAUGUCACAACAUCUUGGUUUUGUUUUUUUUUUUAACCUUUUGGGGCAAGGUAACAAAAUGGAAGGAGCUGAUGAGCUGUACAUGGACAGGGAUGGUUUGGGGUUGUCUGGGACCAGUUCUUUCUGUGGUGUGACAGCCGUGGUGUUUAUUUGAGAGGCAAGUGGUGGUGCUGCAGGUGCUGCUGGGGCAGGGAGGUGGAGGCUGGUGGCAGUGUUGCCGGCUGGGUGCUCUACGCUGCAACUAACAAGCCCUUUGCAUUGUCACCAAAGGAGAGCAAAGCUGUGGCCCCUUAGUGAGCAGCCUCCUGUUCCUGUUUCUGUUGGUACUGCUGGGACUUUGCAGUGCUGGGGGAUUUUAAAGCAGCUGCAGCGCCUGUGUUGACCCAUUUAUUUUUGAUUGGAACAAGUUUUGGGGAUUUUUUUGUGGGGUUUUUUUUGUUUGUUUUGUUGGGUUUUUUGUUUUGGGUUUUUUUUUUUUUUUUUGGUUUUUUGGUUUUUUUGCAAAACUCAAGCUUCAGCUACUUCAGAAAAGUAGCUGGUUUUGCCAUGAGCCUGACUUGAGAAGUGAGUCAAGUCCCCCAGAGCAGAAGUGGUGAGAGGUGGCACCUGAUGUCACUGUCGCCCUUUGCUGGAUGCCCUAGGGUUGGGGGCUGAGCUGUUGCAGCCAAGCCCAAGACCUGUUCCUUGACCAGCAUUCCCGACUCCUGGCAAUGCCCACUCUGCACCAUGGGGCUGUGCAAGUGGUGGUUUGCUGAACUGAGCAGCCCCAGGGUCUUAAAUAUGAGGGAAAAUCAGAUGUUGCUUCUCUCCGUGGUGUUAUAUAAUAACCUAGAUUUUAAUACGAAAUAAUCAGCUGGUUCAAGCCACCACACGAUUACAGCUUCCCUUUGCCAUAAUCAGUUUCUAUAAUCAAGCUCUUUCUCGUUUCUAGGAUUAUGAGACGAAAGUAUUUUGCACUAUGUGAAAUGAAUCAUAGCUGGUCAAACUUUGUCGGGGUAUAAGCAUGAUCAUGUCAGCACUGCUAAAAUCUUUGCUAGUGAUCUUUACUGACAUCCUCUAUCAUCAAAAAUAACUCUAUAUGCCUCUCAACAGAGAUAUUUAAACAUGCAAAAUAACACAACUGUUUAAAAAAAUGAAGUUAUUUUUCCAAACACACAACAGAGAGAAUUACCUGACACCGAAUUACAAGGUUCCAGUUCUUUAUUACUGUACACAGAUGCUAUUUGAUAGUGGUGGAAGCCAAAUGAUUUUGUUGCCAUGGCUUUUGUAUCCUAGCAGAUGAGGGGAUGAUAAGACCAUUCUUAGACUGGAUUAUGGGAUUUUUUUUUCUUUCCAAUUAGCUUUGUUUUAAAUUUUUUUUAGAUCAUGAAAAUGGACCGACUCCUCACCCUUUAUUACAUCACUUGACAACAGAUCACUAUUUUUUUUUAUAAAUAGAGAAUUGUAUUUUAGGCAAUCACUAAAAUCAAAGAGAGAAUGUUCUCCUAAAUUGUCAAUUUUUAAUUUAAAUAUAUAAAAACAUUUAUACUGUACUGUGUAAAGUAGAUCUUUGAAGCACAUUCUUCUUUGCAUAGGCAUUUCUGGUAAAACAAAGUAAGGGAAACAUUAGAUAUCAAUUUAAUGGAAUAGUUUAGAAAAUAUAUACAAAUGAUUACACUUAGCCCUGUGGAAUUGUAAGAAAUUAAAGUAUCAUUGGAUCCAGACAGGCGUAGGUUAAUGCAGUAUUUCAGUUCUAUAACAGGAUAGUUCAUUCCCUCAACUGCUACCAACAGGGUGUACGCUUUGAAUUUAUGUUUCUUUUUGCCACAUUAUAUUGCUGUAGUGCUUGUACGUGCUUUAGAAAUGUGCAUAAUGCUACUCAUUUUAGUAUGUUACUUCUAUAUUGUUAUUGUUUAUUUUUUGAUCUUUUAAUAAAGUGUAUAAAAUUCUUG